AUGUAUAUUGUCACACAGUUCACAGACUCUUUUAAGGUCAUCCCCGAAAAGUUGAACCAUGUCAUCGCUUGCCUUAUUGAUGCUAUCAACUUGAAGUACCAAAACAAAAUGAUAGAAGGAAAAGGUAUUGGUGUGACACUCUAUGACAUCAUUAAAAUAUCAGACGGAGUUAUUGUGAACGGGACGGGUAACGUGUUCUACGACAUCACAUUCAAUUUUGUAGUGUUUUCGCCAUUUGUGAAUGAAUUGAUUCAGGGAAAAGUGCUCCGUUCCCUUGCGACGGGUAUUCAAGUCACUUUGGACUUCACAGACUCGAUCUUCAUUGAUCAGUGUUACUUCCCACCAAACUGCGAUUUCGACGAAGACGAACAAUUGUGGUAUUGGAGUUAUAACGGGACGAAGCUCUAUAUGUACAUCAAUACUCCAAUUCGUUUUAAAGUGCACCACGUCGUCAUGAAGAAGCAAGAAAGCAUUAAGCCAGCUCCCGCGUUGACUGUCCAACAAAUAGCCAAAGAGAAUGAAGACAAAGAAAAGCAGAAGAAAGAAAAGAAAGAGGAGCGCGUCAAGAAAAUUGAAGAAAAGAUGGAGGAGGAAGUCGAGAAUGAGGACAAAUGCCCUUUAAAAGUGUAUGGCAGAAUUAAUGAGAGUGGGCUUGGGCUUACUUCCUGGUGGAAGAACUGA